AAUUUACUCAUUUCAAUCAUCUAUUGCUUUUCGUUUACAAUUGUUCUUCGCUUCUCUGAUAUAGGGUUAACAGUUUUUUCUAACAUGUCAAGCUUAUUAUUUUUGAAGCAAAGAUGGCUGAAGCUUUCGUUAGUGCUGUUGCGGGAGUAGUGGCCUCAGUUGCGGUUGAGAAGAUUAACCAUACCAGGUUAAUGAACAAAUGAAUGAUGAAAAUCCGUAUUUUCAAUUCCUUCCAAUGCCAAAAAUCUCAUCUCCAACGAUCUUACCCUUCUUCUUUUCACCGUUUUCAAACCUCAGCUACUUCAAGCCGCGCCAAAAAAUCCAACCCUUUCCUCAGCUUAACCCAAGAUCCCAAUCCGACGUCAUUCUCUGUUCCCUACUACUCUAAACUCUUUUCAAAAUGCAAUGCCUCCAAGACUCUGUAUCCAGGCAUGCAAAUCCAUGCCCAUACACUCAAAUUUGGUUCAACCAAUGACCCCAAAAGUAGGAACUUUUUGAUCAGCUUGUAUGCAAAAUGUAAACUUUUUGGCUAUGCCAGGAAACUGGUCGACGAAAGUCCUGAACCAGACUUGGUUUCUUGGUCUGCUUUGAUUUCUGGAUACGCCCAAAAUGGGUUUGCUAGAGAUGCCAUUUUGGCUUUCCAUGAUAUGCAUUUGUUGGGUCUUAAGUGCAACGAGUUCACUUUUCCUAGCGUUCUAAAAGCUUGUACUUUUACAAAGGAUUUGGAGUUAGGGAGGCAGGUUCAUGGAAUUGUGGUGGUUAACGGGUUCGAGUCUGAUGAAUAUGUAGGUAACAGUUUGGUUGUCUUGUACUCAAAAUGCGGGAAAUUUGGUGAUUCGAGGAGGCUCUUUGAGGAUAUACCUGAAAGGAGUGUUGUUUCAUGGAAUGCAUUGUUUUCUUGUUAUGUGCAGAGUGAUUACUUUGGUGAAGCAGUGGAGUUGUUUCGUGAAAUGAUUUUGAGUGGAAUAAGGCCUAAUGAAUUUAGUUUGUCUAGCAUGAUAAACGCCUGCACUGGGUUGGAGGAUAGUGGUGAAGGAAGGAAAAUUCACGGGUUCUUGAUAAAGCUAGGUUAUGAUUCAGAUCCUUUCUCGAAGAAUGCACUUGUGGACAUGUAUGCAAAGAUAGGGAAUCUUGAGGAUGCUGUUGUCGUGUUUGAAGAGAUGACGAAACCUGAUAUUGUCUCUUGGAAUGCUCUCAUUGCUGGUUGCGUUCUUAAUGAUAAGCAUGAUUCUGCUUUAGAGUUUUUUGGGCAAAUGACAUUGUCUGGAACACAUUCAAAUAUGUUUACCUUGUCGAGUGCUCUAAAAGCCUGUGCUGGCAUUGGUCUCAAGGAAUUGGGCAGACAGUUGCAUUGUAACUUGAUAAAGCUGAAUGUAGGAUCAGAUCCUUUUGUGCAUGUUGGACUUAUAGACAUGUAUUCGAAAAGUGGUUUGAUGAAUAAUGCAAGAAUGGUUUUUAAUUUGAUGCCAGACAAGGACUUGAUUGCAUGGAAUGCUGUUAUCUCUGCGCAUUCACAAAAUGGGGAAGAUAUGGAAGCUCUAUUGCUGUUUCCUUUGAUGCAUGAGGCAGGAGUUGGAUUCAAUCAAACAACAUUAUCGACAGUCCUCAAAUCCAUCGCCAGCUUGCAGGUGAACUAUGUUUGCAAACAGGUUCAUGCACUCUCUGCAAAAUCAGGAUUUCAGUCUGACCGUUAUGUUGUAAACAGCCUUAUUGAUGCAUAUGGAAAAUGUGCCAUUCUUGAAGAUGCAACAAGAAUAUUCAGAGAGUGCUUGAUUGUAGAUCUGGUGGGUUUCACAUCUAUGAUCACAGCUUAUUCUCAGUCCGGACAAGGUGAAGAAGCUCUUAAGCUGUAUCUAGAAAUGCUAGAUAGAGGGAUAGAGCCGGAUCCAUAUGUUUGUAGUUCACUCCUAAAUGCAUCUGCAAAUCUAUCAGCAUAUGAACAAGGGAAACAAGUGCAUGUUCAUGUCUUGAAGCAUGGAUUUAUGUAUGAUAACUUUGCAGGAAAUUCUCUCGUGAACAUGUAUGCCAAAUGUGGAAGCAUAGAUGAUGCUGAACGUGCAUUCUCUAGUAUUCCUGAGAGAGGAAUAGUCUCAUGGUCUGCAAUGAUAGGAGGACUAGCUCAACAUGGGCAUGGGAAAGAAGCACUACGGGUUUUUAAUCAAAUGCUCAAAUAUGGUGUUUCUCCUAAUCAGAUAACUUUGGUCAGUGUCCUUUGUGCUUGUAACCAUGCUGGUUUGGUUACUGAAGCCCAAAAAUACUUCAGAUCAAUGAAGGAGUUGUUUGGAUUUGAGCCUAUGCAAGAGCAUUAUGCUUGCAUGAUUGACCUACUUGGUCGAGCCGGGAGAUUAGAUGAGGCAAUGGAACUUGUAAAUACCAUGCCUUUCCAAGCGGAUGGCUCAGUUUGGGGUGCACUUCUUGGUGCUGCUAGAAUCCACAAGAAUGUUGAGAUUGGCCAACGUGCUGCAGAGAUGCUUUUGAUUCUUGAGCCAGAGAAAUCCGGUACCCAUGUUCUUCUUGCUAACAUAUAUGCAUCAGUUGGCAUGUGGAAUAAUGUAGCAAAGAUGAGAAGACUCAUGAAAGACUGUAACGUGAAGAAAGAACCCGGGGUUAGUUGGAUUGAGGUUAAAGACAAGAUAUACACUUUCAUAGCGGGAGACCGAAGCCAUGUUUGGAGUGAAGAAAUCUACGCAAAGCUUGAUGAGCUAAGUGAGCGUUUGAGCAAAGCUGGGUACAUCCCCAAGGUGGAGAUUGAUCUUCAUGAUGUGGAACGGGAUGAAAAGGAAAAACUUCUAUACCACCACAGUGAAAAACUUGCAGUAGCCUUCGGGUUGAUUGCCACUCCGGCAGGAGCUCCAAUUAGAGUUAAAAAGAAUCUUAGAGUCUGCAUGGAUUGCCAUACUGCAUUCAAAUUCAUUAGUAAAAUUGUGUCCAGGGAAAUUAUUUUGAGAGACAUCAACAGAUACCACCAUUUUAAAGAUGGUUCAUGCUCUUGUGGGGAUUAUUGGUGAUAAUAUUUUUUCAUGAAUAUGGAUACUUUAGCCAUUUAAUGCCUCAAUUAGUGACUGUUAGCCCCUUUAACAUAGGUGAAUUUCAUCGAUACCUGAUUAAAAGUAUUGAUACUUUAGGUAUGUACAAAUUAGAGCAUUUUUUUUUUUUGUUAAAUUAGGAACUAGUUUUUUAAUGCAAAAUUGUAAGUAAACUGAACUGUGUCCAAGUUUUCAAGAGGGAAAGACUAAGAGGGGGAAUUAUUUAGUUAGAAGAAUUGAGCGAGACUGUAACUAGCUUGAGUGUGUUGGACUUAAAAGCACAACUUGUAGCGAUUAUUAUAGUGAAUAUAGUGAAUUACUUUCUAAGAUCUCGGAAA